UCUCCGAACCUACUCAUUUUACCGUUUUGCCCUUCUUUACCCCAAUGUAUGCAACCCUCCCUUCCCCUUUCGUCGCUAAACCCAUCCACAGUUUCUCCGUGAAGAAGACCGUGACCGUCAGGGCUUCGGCGCAGGCGGCUUCGUUUAAGUCAGCCACGGCCACGGACAACCAUAGAGUGUCGGUGGCGGAGGCUUUGGCGGGGAGUUUUUACGAGAUACUCAAGGUGGAGAGAACGGCGUCGUUGAACGAGAUCAAGACGGCGUACCGGAGCCUGGCGAAGGUUUACCAUCCCGACGCUAUGGGAUCCUCAUCGGACGGCCGCGAUUUCAUAGAGAUACGCAACGCCUACUCGACAUUGUCGGAUCCGACGGCGAGAGCCGUGUACGAUAUGUCGUUGGGGGCACGUGCGAGGCGCGUCGGUAAUUGGGUGUACCCGACCGGAAGAUGGGAGACCGAUCAAUGUUGGUAGAAGAAAA